UCUUAAAUUUGGCCUCCACCCCCGGAAAUCAUGUCAUCAAUAUACUGAAACUAUCCCUCAAAAGCAUAAACAAUAUCUCACAAAUUUGCUUAGAGGUCAUGAACAUCAUUUUUGUAAAAGAUAGUAAUAACCAAUCCAAGAGGAACCAAUUGGCCAAUGGUCAAAAACACAUGCAACCACUUAGAAAUGAAUGGCUAAGCUAUGUUCACGGAUUUGACAGUGAAGAUAAAACAUAACAACAGGUUGUUCUGAAUCAGUUUCAUUUCCAAAUCCUCUCUUGAAACCUACCAUCACCAUGUCUCAUCCCACUUCAUCAUCCCCUUUGGUCCAACUUAUAUAAACUCAUUCCUUGUCCACUUCAUCCUACCAAUCUGGGUUUGGUAAUUGCUUGUGAGACAAUUAAGACAAUCAAACACCACCACCACCACCAUCAUCAUCAUGAGUCUUAAUUGCCUUACAUGCAGCCAGAACCUUCAAAGGACAGACUCCUUUGGAGAGUUUUUCACAGAAAAGGAAUACAAGGAAGUUUGCAAAAAGGUUGAUAGAAACUGGUCAGGGAACCUGAUAGCAUCAUCAUCAUCAUCGUCAUCAACAUCCCAGUGUGACCUUCCCAAAGGCCAAGGGGGGAAUGUGGCCAAGAUCAAGGCUGAGCACCGCCGCGUUCAUAGCACCGGAAACAUUCCUUACCCUGGCAGCUCUCAGCCGAAAUUAGUGCGGAGCAGUGGGAUGAGAAGAGAUUGGAGUUUCGAGAAUUUGGCUGAAAACCAAGACCAGAGUGUGAGUUGCCACUGAGAUAUCACAAUCAGAUCAAUGAAAAAUUGUUGUCAUUCAGCCUUUUUUCCUCACUGUGUAUAUUUGAUGUUAAGAUUGGGGAAAUUGGUAGAGUGGAUGUACAUUAUAAAUAUGGUGUUUCGAGCGCCUGCAUGAUGGCGCUUUUUUUGCACCGAUUAUAAUUCACAUCUCUGAUUCUUUUUGUUUUCA